AUGGAUAUAGCAUUGCCGUCAAAAAAGUCACGAAACACAAUGCUAACAGCGCCAAUAAAGCAUUGUGAUUUACAACUAAUAAAAAACAAAAGAACUUUGUGGGUAACAUUUCGUAAUUUUGUAAAAUUUGACUGGAAUUUAGCACAAUACAAACAUUAUUGUAGUACAACAUAUAUCAAUAAAGUAUUUGUGUACAGGUAUCUUAACAAAAACUAAAUCAUUAGCAAUGGCAAUGCAAGUUCCUACAAAUGUGGAUCCUGAACAAAUUAAAUCUGUACGAGACUUUGUGACAUCCUAUAAUAAACUGAUAGAAACUUGUUUCAUUGAUUGUAUAAAUGAAUUUACUACACGAGAUGUCAAAGCAAAGGAAGAAACUUGUGCUCUAAACUGCAUGGAAAAAUAUUUGAAGAUGAACCAGAGGAUAUCACAACGGUUUGAGGAGUUUCAAAUGCUUGCUAAUGAAAAUGUACUUGCUGCGCAAAAAAAAAUAACAGAGGGUAAAAAGUCUUGAACAUUGUGUCAAUAAAGUAUGUAAAUUAAUUAUUUUUAAUAUUUUACUGUUAUAUAAUUUUUCUUUACCGACUGAUUACAAAUAAAUGAGUAUGUUAUUUAAAAAUUAGAGAAAUUAAAAAGCCUCAGAAUUUGUAAAAUAAAUAAUGUUUAAAUUAGCAAUAUAUUAAGUUGUGUAUAAUACUUGAAUCAAAUUUUAAUGUAAAUAUAUAUGAUAAAAAGAAUAUUGGAUACAAAACAGUUGACAAAUUUGUUACCAAACUGGUUGAAAAUAUUUAAGAAAAUUAUAUAUUUAAAUAAUUAUAAUCACAGUUGAGAAUAAUAUAACAAACUUACAUUGA